ACAUUGCUGCGUUACAGAAAAAUGUAUAACGGAAUCCUUCUCUUAUGGGAAUUGUAAAGUAUGACAACUAAUUUGGGAUACAGUCUGCAAUUCCGCUCUUUCGAAAACUCAGGUAAAAUGAGACCAAUUCAGAAGCGGUGUGUGAUUAUUUCCAUGUUAGGAAUAAUUUCAUGUAUUGUAAUUAUGACAUUGAAAGCUCAAGGAAUAUUAUUUCCAAGCCAGUGGUAUCUAGAAGAGAGAAAUUUUAACCCAUUAGAAUUAUAUGAUCUUAAAAUUGAAUAUCUUAUUGAAAACUCUACAAAAAUAUCAUCAAUUGAGGAAAACAUUCACGCUUUUAAAAGUGACCUUCCAAAGAUGAAUAUGAAUCUUUCGAAUGAAAUCACAGUCUUGACCGCUUAUUUCAAUAUAGGAUCCUUUGCAAAAGGAGUUUUUAGACGUCAGUAUACCCCAAAUAUCUAUUACAAAUGGAUGUCUGUAUUUCGCAACAUGACCAAUAAUGUAAUUUUUUAUACAAAUGAUAUGAUUGCAUACAAAUAUUUUCAAAAGUUAAGGGAAAAUCUUCCUAAAGUACGAACCAAAAUAUUUCUGAUAAACAAGAAGGAAUUGUGGUCAUUUAAGAUACACGAUAUUAUUUCUCAAAUAUAUACACAGCCUGAUUACCCAAAACAUCUUCCCAACACUGUUGUACCUGGAUAUUCUUGUGCCAUGCAUGCAAAAUUUGAACUUCUUAAUCGGGUUAUAAGAAAGAACUAUUUUCAUACUAAAUACUUUAUGUGGUUAGAUAUUGGACUUUUUCGAUAUCUCCAUGAUGACCCUAAAUUUAAAUUAGCAAAACCUACAGAUUUUGAUGAUACAAAGGUUGCCUAUUCCCAGGUAGAAUAUUUUCAGGAGGAUAUAACGUAUAAAGACAUUAUUUAUGACAAUAUGGUGUGGAUAGGAGGUGCUAGCAAUCUUGGUAAAUAUGAUGUUUUGUACAAAUUUACUCAAGAGUAUUUGAACUUCGUUAACAAGUCUUUGUCCAUAAAACUAAUAAGUACAGAUCAACAGAUCAUAUAUGGAAUGUAUGUGGACAAACAUAAACCAGAAACAAAGCUUCAACUUUAUAAAUCAGGUUGGUUUAAAUUGGGUUAUGUAUGUUAUGCAGCUGGAAAGAACUGAUUUGAUUAAUAUGUACAUAUAUGUAUAUAAAAUAAAAGGAACACACACACACACACACAUACAUACACACACACGUUCACACACAUAUGGGUGGUGUGUAUGUAUGUUAACAUUUAUUUUCUUAAAUCAAAAUACUACAUAUACUCAACUAUAAAUGCCAUAUAUACUCAGCUAUAAAUACCAUAUAUACUCAU